AUGCUCCCAGCAUUUGGAAGCUCCAGAAGCCAUUCCGGGGGAGACAAUGUUGCAAGCCUGCAGUCCCCGGAGUCGCGCCUGCUUCGGGCAAUUAGUGGUGAAAGCCACCCCGAUGCGGAGGAAGCAACAUGCACAGAGAUAUCUGCGUGGUAUCUGACAGGAAUGAGUGGCUGGUGGAGUUUGAACAUCAUCACGGCCGAGCUUCCCUUCUUCGUGGCGGAGUUGCCCGAGGGGAAGCGGCUGGGAAACCUCAUCGCGGUUUGCACGCAGGUCGGAAACAUUGCGCCGAUCUUCUACAAGGCGUUGACGAGAAGACGGCCUGGAAACCUUGUUUGUGCUAUCGGCUUCUUCCAAGUAGUAGGAGUCGUAGCCUUGGCAGCUUGCUCCGUGCUGUGGCGAACGACGCCGAUCCUCCUCCUUUGCACCGUCCUGGCGGGAAGCGUAGGAUGCAUGAGCAGCGUCACAUACUGGGCUGCAGUGGCACAGCGCCCUGCCUCCUGUGUACGAGGGAUGAGUGUUGGCAUGACUCUUGGUGGGCUGCUGGCUACAGGCUUUGCUGCGAUGCAACUCGCUGGAUGCGAGCAGGGCUCACCGAGAUUUAGCCCUGCAGUCUUUUUCAUCCUAGCGGCGGUCAUCCAGGCCGGCCAGGGAGGAGCUUUCACCGCAAGAAGCUGUGGCCAGACGGGGGGGCAGAACGGCCAGGCCGCAAAUGGCCAAGGUGCCGUCAAUGGGGCCGAGAACUGCGAAACUACGAAGCCACCCAUGCCGAGGAUAGCGAAAUUCUUGAUGGCUGGUUGCUUCAUAGUUUAUGCCACCACGUACACCAUGCCGACACUGAUGCCAUUCAUGGCCGGCCAUUUUGGCAGUGCCACAGCCAGCCAGCAGCUGUUGCUGUGGAUGCAGGUGCUGCAGAAUUCAGGUGACGUCCUUGGACGAUUGGCAACCGCCUUGGUCCAGGGGAACAGGAUAGUUCUCCUGACGUGGAUGCUGCUCCUGACGGCUUCGUUCUCCGUUUGCUUGCUGACCUCCGUGUACGACGCGUCCUUGUGGUUCAGCUACAGCUUCGCCGUGUUUCUCUUGCCUGUGACGUGUGGGCUAUUCUAUUUUUCCCGCGGGUUGUUGGUGACAACCAUGUAUCUCUACGCUCGCGGGCUUGGGCAACAGCAAAUGGUCCAGGAGAUCACCGAAAACAUGGGAUUCUGCGGCCAAAUGGGUGCCCUCAUUGCCAACUUUGCAGCUUUUGUUCUCGUCAGUCUCUGGGCCUGA